AUGCUUGAACAAAGACUAGCUAAAAUGGAAAAGAUAUUGUUAUCGUCAGACUCUGCUCAACAAACAGAAGAACAAGAGGAAAAAGAACAGCCACGUGUCAAGAGAGGUAGGCCAAACAAGAAUUCUGUAGAUCAACAACAACAACAGCAACAACAGCAACAGCAACAGCAACAACAACAGCUUCCCACUUCACCCGCGUCAUUUUCAAGUGUGUCCAGUUUUCCUUCACCUUCUAUGCUUUUACCCCAAUACUCUUCUUCUUCUUCUUCAGAUGAUAGUAAUAACGGAUUACCACCUAUCAGCAUUCUUGAACAUUUUGCAGAUCUAUUCUUUACUCAUAUUCACCCAUUUUGUCCCAUCAUGAAUGAAACGACGUUUAGAAGAGAUAUUCAUGAAGGCAAAUGCUCGGAAUUCUUACUCUUUUGUUUGUCAGCAGCAUGUGCGAGAUUUUCAGAGCGGCCCGAUAUCAAACAAAAUCCUCCGUGGCGCGCGGGGGAACGGUAUGCGGAAAGGGCGAGACAGAUGCUUAUCAAAGUAAUGGACGAGCCUUGUCUGUCGAACCUACAAGGUAUUUCAUUGUUAUCCCUACAUGAAUAUGGGUGUGGAAGAGGCCCAAGGUGUUGGAUGUAUGUGGGUAUGGCCAUUCGUAUGUCAAUGGAACUGGGGCUUCAUGAGAAUACACAAACAGACGGCAAUGCAACUCUAGACAAGCUGUUUGAACAGGAACUCGCACGGGAAAAGAAGAUUUAUUAUAUAUAUAGAUUUUCAAGCGCUGCCACGGGUAGACCAUCCACUCUACAAGAUACAUUCUGUACAGCUUUUUUACCUGCCAAGAUAUGUACAUCCUGCGGUGUAAGUCAGUAUUACACAGAGACAUUGGAUGGUAGUCAACAAUUACAUCUAAAUAUCCCAGAAGCUACAAAAAGUAUGCUAUUGGGAAGCUUUAGUAGUCCAGAUGAGCGUCAGAGUUUAAACAGCAAGAUGCCACUGGAACUUCUUGCUUAUUUUACACGAGCAUCGAAUAUCUUGGGAAAAGUGACAGCAUUUGUAAAUAAAAAAUGUAAAGAUAUUUCUCCACAUCCAUAUCAGCCUCAUUCAGAAGUGUACCAACUGAACAAGAUGAUUGAUGAUUGGUACAAUGAUUUACCAGAAGGACUAAAGAACACAUCAGCAAAUCAUGAUUUCUAUGCACAAACAUCUCAACAGGGUCUGUUCAUUAUGCUACAUGUACUUCAUAACACAAUCAUCGUCCUAUUGCAUCGACCCUCGCUUAUCAUUGCCGACACAAUUGAUAAUGAAGUUGUUCUGCCUGAACUAAAAGCUUAUGUUAUGAAUAGCGUUAGGAAAUGUUUGAACUCAGUCAACAACGUUACUGCUUUGAUCAAGAGGAUCGGUGACCGCCGAGAUAUGAUGCCACCUUAUUUGACUUAUCUAGUUUAUACUGUCGCAACUGUGAUUGUGAGUAAUUCAUUUUCACCCAAGUCAAGUGAAGCAGAAGAAGCGAGACAAUCGUUGGGUAUUUACUUUCAGAUUCUAUUGUCUGCUAGAAAUUAUUGGGCUAUGGCCGAUAGAUUGUAUUUUAUGAUACGAGAUCUGUAUACAAUUCACGCAAAUAUGAUCAAAAGACAACGAGAUCCAGCCUCCAGUGUUGGACAGUCGACACCUGAACUUUUUCAUUCAUCACCACCGCCUUUUUUUUUUCAACAACAACAACAGCAGCAGCAACAGCAAUCAUCGCAUGUUCCAAAUCUAUCAAGCCAGGGACCUGCACUAGCAUUGAAUAAUACUGAUUGGACACUUCCCUUCACAAUACAAGAUCAACCUCGUGAUCCAGGGUUAUAUGGUGGACUAAUAAGCAGCCCCUUGGAUUUUUCUACCAGCUUGUUUCCUCCGGAGUUCAAUCAACCUUUGGGAUUCUCUUCUUUUUCUGACCCAUCGUCGUCAAGUCAGAACAACAAAUGA